AAUUAUGCUGCUUUUUCUGUGGCUUUAUGGCUGACUUGCAUAUAUCUUAAUUCUUGUGUUCUGUGCAGGGUUCAGUGGUCUCAAUUUAAAGGCUAUUUCAUUUUCAAACUGGAGAAAGUAAUGGAUGAUUUCAGAACCUCAGCUCCUGAGCCAAGAGGGCCUCCCAAUCCAAAUGUGGAGUAUAUUCCCUUCGAAGAGAUGAAAGAGAGAAUCCUGAAAAUUGUCACUGGAUUUAAUGGCAUCCCCUUCACUAUUCAGCGACUCUGUGAGUUGCUAACAGAUCCUAGGAGGAAUUACACAGGAACUGACAAAUUUCUAAGAGGUGUGGAAAAGAAUGUCAUGGUUGUCAGCUGUGUGUAUCCAUCUUCGGAGAAAAAUAAUUCCAGUAGUUUAAAUCGGAUGAAUGGUGUAAUGUUCCCAGGAAAUUCACCAGGUUACUCUGAGAGAUCAAACGUAAAUGGUCCUGGAACUCCCAGACCAGUAAAUCGACCGAAAGUUUCUUUGUCAACUCCUAUGACAACAAACGGUUUGCCGGACAGCACGGAACAUAAAGAAUCAAGUUUGCAGCAAACAGAAGAUAAGAAACACAGUGACUCACCAGCAUCUGACUCAGAAGGUGCUCAGAGCAGCCCAGUAAAAAAUAAGCAUUCUGAAGAUGAUCCUGCAGAAGCAGAAGGGCAUGAGGUAAAAAGACUUAAAUUCGACAAAGAAGGGGAAGCCAGGGAUGCACCAAACCAAUCUGCCUCCAGUGAAGUUUCUUUAGGCAUGGGGGAAGAAACGGAAACAUCCUCUACAUCUCAGGAUAAAGAGAAAGAUUCUACUUGCGCAAGACAGCACUGUACGGAGGAAGACGAGGAAGAGUCCUUCAUGUCUCCCAGAAAUGCUGGUCCAGACAGAAAAGAUCAAGAAAAGGACACGGAGUCAUCAACUGUGAAUGAAGAGUCCUCUGAGGAGAACAAUCAGAUGGAGGAGUCUGAUCAGUCUCAAGCAGAGAAGGAUUUACAUUCAGACAACAGUGAAAGUAGUGGAUCUGUCAGUAGUGGAGCUGACUGCAGUGAAACUGAAGAGUUAGGGUCCUAUGGUAGCGAAACUCCAGAAACUUCAUCAGAAACCCCUAUGGAAAACAGUGAGGAAGCCACAGAAGUUGCAGAUGAACCUAUGGAGCAAGACUAAUUUAAAUACACUUAGAUGCAGUAUUUUCCAUAAGGCUCCGGUUUUACACUGUAUAAAUAAUUUUAUGUAAUAAAGUGGACCUUUAGUUUUACAAAAGAAGCAGGUUGUAAAAUAAACUUCUUGGAUUGAACCUUGAAAGAGUUGUAUAUGGUAAGAACUGUGAAUACCAGCUCCUUCAGGUCCUGCUUACCGCUGAACUUUCGUUUGGUCAAAUCAGUGGUUUGUGUAUAGUUUUUUUUAUUUAGAAUAAAAGUUUUUAAACUGGAAGGUAAUUAUAAUUUUGACAACUUUUUUGGAGAUUACCACACCUAGUUGUAUGUAAGCAAGAAAGCUUUUUGUCUCGUCUUUUUCUGACAGCUAUAGCAGUUACUUCAUAUUUUGGUUACAGUUUCAACGUUUAACAUGUGAUUUAUGGGGUUUCAUGCUGGUUUCCAGAUUUUUAUUUGAAUACACACUAUGAAACCUUAUGUUGUGUGUUUAAAAUGUGUUGCAUUUCACUCAUGUAUGCACGCAUGCACACGUAUGUGUACCCUCACUGUUCUAAGGGGGAAAUGUUAUAUUUUUCUGUUUCUACAAAAGAUAAAUACAGCAAAUACUUUUUCUAUAGGAGAAGACUAAGUUCACCUUUCAAGGCACUUUCUUUUGCCUCUGGGGGAAAAAAAAAAAGGCAAAUAAGAUCUGGUCCAUAUGAAACCCUGGAAAUAUUGUUGAAAACACCAGAGUAAACACAUUCCAAGAGAACUGUUCAAAUUACAACACUUUUGUAUACUUCUGAGGUGCCUGAGUGAAAGGAUUUCAUUUAUUUAUGAGAAAAUGUGCUUUAUGUUGAGAACGUUGUAAUCGAAACUUUAGCUUAAACUUUUGUAGGAGAAAUGUUUGAAAAUACAGUAAGAAAGUAUCUCGGGAGAAAUGAACAGGUACUUGCCUUUUUGAGUGCUUCUUGGAGCAUUGUGAAUAGUACAGAGAAGUCUCAAAGUUAUUCUAAGGUAUGCAGAUGGCACUGAUAUGAUCACGCCACCGUCUUGGAUGAAUUAAUAUAUGACAGUAGUUACGUACCUGAGCUAAAUAACAAAGGUUUAGAUGUGCAUAGAAAUCACCAUGAUUUGUAUAACAUUUUGGAAGUGAACUAAAUAUUUUUGAACAUGCUACCUUGACAGCCAGUGUUACGUUUUUGUUUUUUUUUUUCAGACCAGCUCAAAGCACAACUACUGCUUUCCUCUCGAUAUUUUCCAGUUCCCAUAUUUAAAGACAUGCAAGCUGCAACCUCCCGGUCAGUUACUGGCUGCCAAAUUUAUACCUGUUUUCUUCAACUGUACCUUUUUGAUAUUUAGGAUUUUUAAAUUUCUGUAAAGUAGAUUUUUGUAGAUUGUAAUGAGUGCUCACUGCCAUUGUGAAACGGUAUAUAAUUGUAUAAUUUCUGUGUGUAAACUGAAUGCUUGGGCUUUCAAUACAGUAUUCAUAUAAAGCAAUAAAUAUAAAUGUUA